AUGAGCGCCAGCGAUGACGAGACCUAUACGAUCCCGAUAAAAGACCAGCGCUAUUUCGGCGCCGGACUCAAGCGCAACCGCGUCAAGUUUGUGCCGGCCUCCUCGCCCGCCACCCCGCAGCCCAGCGCCUCCGGCCCUGAAGUGAGCGACCUAUACCUGUCCAUUGUCGGCGGAAGCAGCAGCGCUCAGUCGACGCCCGAAGCCAGCGGCGCGACUGUCGCCUCUGCGUCUGCGCCGGAGACGUGCCCCGUCUGCGACCUCCCGCUGGCCGAGGGCCACGAAAGCAGCCUGGCGCACCAGGUGUGUGUGCAGCAUUCGCACCCGCCGUCGGCCAUAGAGCGCAGCCGGAAAGGCCUGUCCUUUCUCCAGGCACACGGCUGGGACCCGGAUAGCAGGAAGGGCCUGGGCAAGGGCGGCGAGGGCAUUCUCCAUCCGAUCAAGCUCAAGGAAAAGAAUGACACGGUUGGCCUUGGCAUGAAGGUGCCGAAGAAUGCGGCCCCCAAAGCCAAGGUCGAGAAGCUGAACGCGAAGGAGGUGCGCAAGAACGAGGAGCAGGCCAAACGCCGGAAGGAGCAGCUGCAGAGGCUGUUCUAUUCCAGCGACGACGUGCUGCGCUACCUGGGCGAGGGCUAG